AUGUUUCACAAGCUCCUAUACUUACAAACUUUCAACUUCAGAAAGGUGAACACAAAGCCCAAAAUUAGAACAAAGCUGUGCAGACUGCCUUCCCUGCAACAACAGUUUCUGAUCAUUGAGCAGAGCCCUCUUGCUCCUGGUACCAAUAAAUGUACCUGCUCAUACUUGAGAGAGCUUCUGCAGUUGCUUUCCCCAUUACCGUGUCCUCGCAGGAUUUCCAUCAUCUGUUGUUUUUCCAUUCAGUCUUUAAGUAAGGUGCUUCACCUUUCCCUGGAGGCAGCACUUGAUCUCUUUCUUUCCUGUAAACAGCAGUGUGGCCUGUCUUAA